UUCGGUUCACCAUUUUUGGCAACCACCUUUUCAACACUGUUGCUCAGCUUUCUUUAUUCAAACAUUGCCUAUUGUGCUUACAGGAAAUAAGAUCAUUGCUGUGGACUCCUGGUUUGGUGCUUGGUGGGUGGCCCACCCCCUUUUCCUGCCUGGUUUGACGCGAGUCAAAGCUAACACACUUUCUCCAGCCACCGCCUGAGGUUGAUUCCCAGUUGGGAGACUCCCUGGCUGCUCCCUUCGCUCCAUGCCCUGGAAAAGGGGCACGAUCCUGUGGGCCACGUGAAGAGCUAGCGUGAAGAAGUCCGAUUCCUUUAAGUGAGCAGCGGCGACUGCGUUAGCAGUUAACUCCUGAAUCAGCGCCAGAAGCAGCAGGAGAUCUGCCGUGACUGCACCCAGAGCUGCCACGUUUUCUGGGUUCUUUGUACCUGAUCGACCGUGACUAUGGCGAUGUCUGUCCUGGGAACAGAAUACUAUACGGAGGAGCCAGAUCCCGGGGACCUGAUUGAGAUUUUCCGUUCUGUGUACCAGCACUGGGCCAUCUAUGUGGGAAAUGGUUAUGUCGUUCACCUAGCUCCACUCUGCGAAGUCCCUGGGGCCGGCUUCGGCAGCGUGAUGUCCGUCACCGCCGACAUCGCGUACGUGGAGAAGGAGAAGCUGAGCGUGGUGGUCGGCACGGACGAGUACCAGAUCAACAACAAGCAUGAUGCGAGGUUCUCCCCUCUGCCCAAGGCCAAGAUUGUCCGUCGGGCCGAGGAGAUGGUGGGCCAGGUGCUGCGGUAUUCCAUCAUCACCAGCAAUUGCGAGCACUUUGUCACUAAAAUCCGCUACGGGGAAGCCAGGAGUGACCAGGUUAGAGAUGCGGUUGCCUACACCAUUGGAGGGGUAGCUUUGGCUGGUCUCGUGGGAGGAAUUUUCUGGAUGGCUUCGAAGAACAAGCAGAGGAACCGAGAAGAUGACUAUUAGCAGAUGCUCUGAGGAGCUGUAUCUGUGUGCUUUCUGUAACAUCACCUGCCCAGAUGCUGGACGGCCCAUUUCAAAAUUUCAUCGCAUUUCAUUUGAAAGCACUUUUGAAAGGAAGGCAUACUUGAAAGGAAGUAUAUUUCCCUCCCCACAUCCCAAGCAACCCUCCUUCCUGCGUGCACCCACCAGCCCCUCCCCAAAAUGCAAAGACAUAAAUAAAAGUGGCCUUUUAACUUUU